AUGGCGUCCGCGACUUUAGCCGCAACAGCGGCCUCAACGGCCACUCUCUCCGACGGGAAGAAGCGGGUUCUCUUAAGCAGCAGUGACAAUGCCUGCAAUCCCGCGUUCGUCGCUCAUGUCGGCCGUACAUUGAACAUUCCCGCGCUUAGAAUAACGCCGCGUCGCGUCGCUGGCCAGGUGUCCGCGUCAGCCGAUCGGACGGUCGUCGCGGCCGCCACGUCACCGGCCGGCGAAGCGCCAGUCAGAGCGCUCGUUUUCGACUGCGACGGGGUGAUCCUAGAGUCUGAGGACCUCCAUCGGCGCGCUUAUAACGCGGCGUUCGCGCAUUUCGCGAUUCGGUGCCCGGGAGAGAAGGCGGUCGUUGAUUGGACGACGGAGUUUUACGAUGUGCUGCAGAAUAAGAUCGGCGGCGGGAAACCCAAGAUGCGAUGGUACUUCAACAAGAAUGGGUGGCCUCAUUCGUCGUUUCUCCCCGCCCCUCCCGCCACGGAUGCUGAAAAGGACGUGCUUAUAGACACGCUGCAGGAUUGGAAGACGGAGAAAUACCAGCAAAUGAUUGGAUCCGGGCAGGUGCCAGUGCGGCCAGGCGUGUUAGAGCUGAUGGAUGAAGCUAGACAGAGGGGUCUGCUGGUGGCGGUGUGUUCUGCAGCCACCAAGAGCUCAGUCGUUUUCACUCUCACCAGCCUGCUGGGGAAGGAGAGGUUUGAGCGAUUGGAUUGCUUCUUGGCAGGCGACGACGUGCCAAAGAAGAAGCCAGACCCCACCAUUUACAAGAUCGCCGCGCAGCGUCUGGGAGUGCCCCCCUCGUCGUGCCUGGUGGUGGAGGACAGUGUGAUUGGCCUGCAGGCUGCUCUGGGAGCCGGCAUGCUGUGUGUCAUCACCUACACGCCUUCCACCAAGAGCCAGGAUUUCACUGGGGCUGUAACUGCGUUUGAUGAUCUUGGUGGAGUUUCUUUGGAUAAGCUCAUUAGUGCAUGCUCUGCUGUUGUCUCCUGA